AUGAGCGAGAGGGGCGAGGAUUUGUAUCCAUUGGCAUUGCUCAUGGAUGAGCUGAAGCACGACGAUAUUGCUAACCGCGUGGAGGCGAUGAAGAAGCUGGACACGAUAGCCCUUGCAUUGGGUCCACAGCGGACGAGAGAUGAACUAGUGCCCUUCUUGACUGAGGUUGCUCAGGACGACGAGGACGAGGUAUUUGCGUUUCUCGCAGAGCAACUAGGCAAGUUCGUUCCGUACGUGGGAGGCAGCAAGUACGCGACUCUAUUGUUACCAGCUCUGGAGAUUCUUGCGUCUACCGAGGAGACAUUGGUUCGGGAUAAGGCUGUUAGUUCUCUGAAUAACAUUGCUCAGGAAUUGUCUCAGGAGCAGUUGUUCCGUGAGUUUAUACCGCUGAUUGAGAACUUGGCAACUAACGAGUGGUUUUCGUCGAAGGUGUCUGCCUGUGGCCUAUUUAAGGCCGUUUUGGUUAGGGUUGAAGACGACAAGUUUAGGAAGGAGCUACUCGCCCUUUUCUUGCAGUUGACACAGGACGACACUCCCAUGGUCAGGCGGGCUGCGGGACGGAACUUGCCCACAUUGAUAGACUUACUGACCCAGAACAUAGACCUAUCCACGAGCGGUGAUUGGGAUUAUAUUUCCAACAUGUUCCAGCGGCUUGUGAGCGAUAAUCAGGACUCUGUUAAAUUCUUAGCCGUUGAUGUGCUGAUCUCCAUAUUGAAAUUUUUCAAUAAGAAGAAGGACUCUACCCACACGAAGGGUUUAUUACAUUCAGCAAUACAACUUGUGAGCGAUGAGGCUUGGAGAGUCAGAUAUAUGUCUGCUGAUAGGUUUGAAGAUCUGGCCUCCCAAUUUAUUUCUGACCCAGCAUAUAUUGACGAGCUGAUUUCGCCGUUCCUGGCGCUAUGCGAAGACAAUGAGAGCGAUGUAAGAAAGGCUAUAGCUAAGCAAAUACCAGGAUUUGCCAAGUUACUUCCAAACUCUGCAGUGAUUCUUAAAAAGCUGCUUCCAGUGGUUCAGACCUUGUGCAUGGAUGAGAACGAAACAGUGAGGGCUUCCUUGGCUUCUGAAAUUACCGGUCUAGCUCCUCUUUUAAGCAAACAGGAAGCAAUCGAUAACUUGAUACCCAUUUUGUUAAACAUGCUCAAGGACGAAUUCCCAGAUGUCCGGCUCAAUAUCAUUGCAAAGUUAAAGGUAGUCAAUGAAGCCAUUGGGAUAGACUUCUUAACCGAAAAUUUGCUGCCAGCUAUUACGGAACUUGCCAAGGAUGAUAACUGGAGGGUCCGCAUGGCCAUAAUAGAGUAUAUUCCACUGCUAGCUGAGCAGCUGGGCGUGGAUUUUUUUGAUCAGCAACUGGCUGAUCUCUGCCUUUCAUGGCUAUGGGACGCCGUGUAUUCUAUCAGACAUGCUGCAGUUAUCAACCUGAAGAAGCUAACAGAGAUAUUUGGUUCAGCUUGGUCGCGCGAUCAGAUCAUAUCCUGUCUUUUAAAAUCCGAUUCGCAGGUACUAGAAAACUUUGUUUACAGGAUUACCUUACUCUCAGCAUUAACGGAAUUGGUCCCAGUAGUUUCUUCGGCAGUUAUCACCGAAAAGAUCCUACCUUUCAUCAACCAUUUGUCCACUGACGGUGUUCCAAACAUCAGAUUCAACGCAGCGAAGUCAUACGCCGUUAUUGUGGAGGCGCUAGGCAAGAAUUACGCUGAUCUCAGCAAUGAGGUUAUCCUCCCUAACUUAGAGAAGCUAUGUCAGGAUAACGAUGUCGAUGUCAGAUAUUUUGCAGGCCAAAGUUUGGAAAAGUGCAAGUCCAUCUUGGGUUAA